CUCAUUGCAUUCUCUCUCUCUCUAAGUCUCUCUGCUCUACAACUACUCAAUAUGAAAUUGACUGUACUUUCUUAAAUAACUAAUUAAUUACCAUUCUUUUGCACAUCAUUCAACCACACUCUAAACUCAUCAAUAUCUCAAUUUUUUACUUAUCCAUAAAAAAUUGCAUUUAGUUGUGCUAUAUAUAUAUAUAUAUAGAUUGUGAAACAUAGUAAGGAAGGAUUUUGAGCUAUCUAGGAGAAAUACAAAAAAAUAGCAUUCAGAAGAAAAAAGAGUGUAUAGUGUGUAGUAUACAAAUUUAUAUAGAAAAAUUAAUAUAGUGAUUGUUUGGAUGGAGCUAUUUCCAGCACAACCAGAUUUGUCAUUGCAAAUCAGUCUUCCAAACACCAAACAAACAUCAAAUUGGAGGAAAAAUUCAGAUGAUCAAGAAGAUAUGGAUUUGGGAUUUUGGAAAAGAGCUUUUGAGUCCAAAAGUGAUUCAAAUUACACCUUUGAUCUUUCUCUCUCUAAUCCAAGGGUUUCUUCUUCUUCUUCUUCUUCUCCUACUACUACUACUACUACUUCAAACCUCAACAAUCUCAUAACUCACUCUUUUCAAGACACUAAUAAUUCCAUCAACCCUUUUCAACCAUUUCAUCAAAACCAAAAUAAUUACCAAACCCUAAGUGAUGAGUUAGGUUUUCUCAAACCUAUAAGAGGAAUUCCAGUUUAUCAUCAAAACCCUUCUCCUAUUGGAUUAUUUUCUCAACCAUCCUUUAAUGCUUCUGUUUCAAGUUCAACAACAACUUUUCAAUCUCAAGUACCAUUAAUUAGAUCAAAGUUUUUGCCGCGGUUUCCUUCGAAGCGUAGCGUGAGAGCUCCGAGGAUGCGUUGGACUACCAGUCUUCAUAAUCGUUUUGUUCAUGCUGUUGAGCUUUUGGGUGGCCAUGAAAGAGCUACACCCAAAUCAGUUCUUGAGCUAAUGGAUGUAAAGGAUCUAACUUUAUCACAUGUUAAGUCUCAUUUGCAGAUGUACCGGACGGUGAAAAUUACAGAUAGAGCAGCAGUAUCACCAGGAAUAGGACAAUCUGAUAUGUAUGAAAAUGGUUCAUCUGGAGACACUUCUGAAGACUUUAUGUUUGACAUAAACUCUUCAACAAGGUCUAAUGAUCUACCCAUUAAAUUGGAUAAAGAAAUUACUAAUCAAGAAAAAGAAUGUUGUGGCAUUUGGAGAAACUCUUCAAGGGAAGCUUGGUUGCAUGGUAACCCAAAGGUUCAUCCUAUUCAAAAUGUGUCUUCUCUUGAGGGAAUUGAUCCAAAGCAUCUAAGCAAUGAAAGAACUUCAUCAGAUGGAAGCUCUUCAUCAAGCAUUUCAGGAACACGCCUCAAGAAACCAAAUUUAGAUUUGGAAUUCACCUUGAGCACAUCACUUUGAUUGUAACCAUUUUGAUAUAAAUAUUGUAUAAGUCAUUAAAUUAAUUUCAAGAGCUAGAAUGCCGUUUUAAGAAUCAGAUUCCUGCAAAGAAAAUCAGAGAAAAGAAAGCUAAAAGAAUACAGGUGAUGAGAAAAAGAAAAACUAAAAAGUAAAUGGAGCUAAAAAAAGACAAAGGGAAACAAGAAAGGCAUAAAGCUACAAAGAAAAGGAGUGAGAAAGAAAAGCUCUUGAAGUCUUGUGACAUGAUCCGACUCAUAUAUAUUAUUAGAAUUUCUAAGUAUAUGAAAUCUAAUUUGAUUUAUAUGUCUUGGAAUCUGAGAGAAAAAUUAACGGGCAUAAGAGACAGCUUUGAUAUCUUAAAGUGUCUAAGUGAUGAUUUCCUUGGUCUAUGGUGGAGUAUGAAUUUCCACUAUUAUAGUGUGUUUGGAAACACGUGGCUUGUAACUUAUUCACUCUAAGCUACAUUAGGUAGCUUUUCUAUUUAUAUUAAUAUUAUUAUGCAGGAUAGUCUGUGAGAAUUAUGAAUCUGAUGUUCCAUUUUUUUGUAAGUUAAAUAUUGCAUUCAUAUUAAAAAGUUCACACUAAAUUAAAAC